UAAAAGUCAGUCAUGAUAUUAAUGUUUCAAAGCAGAAAAGCUGAUCAUGUUGGCUUUCAUACAUAUAACUGAUUCCACUAGUGACAAUCUUUCUUUGCUUUGCAAUCUUGAUGCAAAGGACCUAAAAGAGAGGGACCGGGGCGUUACAGACACCAUCAACAAAUUUUCUCAAGUUUGGAUUGAUGGAAUCAUGCACAAUUUUAUUUCUCGAAACCAUAUACUGUACAUGGCAAUAAUAGCAAAAAGUUGAAACUGGUGCUCUUCAAGUGAGGGCAUGUUGAGGGAAUUUGAAGGGGUUAAUAAGCACUUUAACCAAGUAACAAUCCCAAGAGCUACAAGACAGGAACUGUCCAGGGACCAAGGAGAUUGUCUCAUAGAAUUCUAGAGAAAGGACCCUUUAGAAACAAAUGAGGGGGACUUUGUAAGAAUAAUAAGAGCUACUCUGGAUUGAAGGGGAUGAUGAAGAAUUGAUGGAGUACUUCAUGUGAAAGUCAAGUUCUGUACCGUGUUCUAGUAUUGGUGUAUAUGACCAAGUGCGAAACCUGGUUCAUUCUUAUCUUGUCCUCUUACUUUCCUGAGUCAUUCUUCAUACUCCAUGCAUGGUCAUUCGCUAUCUGAAUUUAUUGCAAGACUCCCCAAGAUAGAGCUGUCUUGUUUUCAUAUUCUUUCUUAGUUCCAUCUGUCCUUUGCCUAAUUUGCUUUUAAACCUCAUUCUAGAGACCUAUUUGAUCCAAUCCAUCAAUAUUCCAAAGAGUGCUAGCUAGGUGGUCUCUUCUUCUUUGUUUUGUGUUUUUGUUUUUUUGCUUUUUGUCCUUACUGUUGCAUUCUAUUGCGCUACUUGCACACAAAUCUGUAAGAAAGGAUUUGUUUUUUGUUUACUAAAAGAAGGCGUCAACAGUAAGAAAAGAAUUACAAAAGAAAAAAAAAAGAAUGGAUAUUUUUGUACAAAUUGUAGCAAAAAUGGCCGAGUACACGGUAGCACCAAUUGGACAGUGGCUAGGUUAUUCGUUUCGCUACAGCAGCAACGUUGCCAAGAUGAAGGAUCGGGAAGAGAAGUUGCGGCGUGUUAGAGAUAGCGUGCAACAUUCCAUUGACGCUGCUGUCAGAAACGGUGAAGAAAUUGAAGAAGACGUUAAAAACUGGUUGAAGGAGGUAGAUGACAUUACAGAACUGGCAAAGAAAGUUCAUGAAGGCGAAGAAGAAGCAAAGAUGAGGUGCUCUAUAGAGAUGUGCCUGAGUUUGAAGCUAAGACAUCAGCUAAGUCGGAAGGCCAAAAAGAUAGUGAAACUUGUAAGCGAAGCCUUGGAAAAUAGAAAAUUUGACAAAAUUUCAUACCAUCCUGCUCCACAAGGGAGAGUGACUACGAGAUACAUGGAUUGCAUGGAGUUUGUCUCAAGAAUGCCAACUGUGAAGGGACUUAAGGAGGCACUCGGAGAUGCUACUAUCAACGUGAUUGGUUUAUGGGGGAUGCCUGGUGUGGGAAAGACCACAUUGGCGAGAGAAAUUGCCAGGCAAGUAAAGAACGAUAAGCUAUUCGACGAGGUGGCUCUAGCAGAUGUGACGCAAAGCCAAGACCUGAGACGAAUUCAAGGAGAAAUCGCAGACAUGCUAGAUCUCAAGCUUGAUGCGGAGACAAUACUCGGAAGAGCGAUUUGUCUACGGGGGAGGUUAACAAAAGGAAAAAGGCCAAUACUUGUUAUCCUAGAUGAUAUAUGGGAUAAACUUAAUUUGGAAAAAAUAGGAAUUGAUCCUUAUAAGGGAUGCAAAGUAGUGCUGGUAUCAAGACAGCGCGAUUUAUUAUCUGAAAUGGGUGUUCAGAAGAAUUUUGGAAUUGAAAUGUUACCCCAAGAAGAAGCAUGGGAAUUAUUUGAGAAGAUGGCGGCUGAUUCUGUUAAAGACCCCAAUUUACGAUCUAUAGCAACUGAGGUAGCUAAAAAGUGUGGUGGUUUGCCUAUUGCACUUGCAACAGUUUCUAAGGCAUUAAAUAAAAAGGAUUUACGUGAAUGGAAGGAUGCCUUACAGCAACUACGGCGUCCUGCUGCUCCCGAACAUCUCACAAGAAUGCAGUCAACUAUAUACUCUUGUAUAGAGUUGAGUUUUAGACAUCUUGAAAGUCAGGAGAUACAAAAUUUAUUUUUGCACUGUGCUGAAAUGAAGUUCGGCAUUUACCAUCAGGACUUGUUGAAAUAUUGUUAUGGUUUGGGUCUAUUUCAUGGAAUUAACACAUUGGAAGAUGCGAGAAAUAGACUAUAUACACAAUUGUGUAAGUUGAAAGACUCUUGUCUGUUACAAGAUUGUCCUCACAAAUCUGAUCAUUGCCAUAUGCACGAUGUUGUUCGUGAUGUUGCUAUGUCAAUUGCUUCAAAGGAUUAUGAUAUGCUUUUCAUGAGAGAUGAUGGAGGGCUCAAGAAAUGGCCAGAGAUGGAUGCACUAAAAAGAUGCAAGGCAGUUUCUAUUCGUGGCAGAGAUAUUGAUCAUCAACUUCUAAAUGAACUGGAAUGUCCAGAAUUAAGAUUCCUUUAUGUGAAUGGCAGUGAUUGUUCUUUACAAAUCCCAGGCACUUUCUUUCAAGGGAUGGAAAAGCUCAAAGUUUUGGAUUUGACGGACAUCAAACUUUCAGCACUUCCUUCGUCACUUCUUCUUCUUAGAAACCUACAAACAUUGUUUCUUGAUCAAUGUGAGUUGGGAGACAUAUCUGCGAUUGGAGAACUCAAGAAUUUAGUAAUUCUUAGUCUUGUAAAAUCUAACAUUUCAAAACUGCCAAGAGAAAUAGGGUCGUUGGUUCGUUUGAUGUUGUUUGAUUUGAGCAAAUGUUCCAAACUUGAAGUGAUUCCACCUAAUGUCCUAUCUAGCUUGGUAGAAUUAGAAGAAUUGUAUAUGGAAAAUAGCUUUGUUCAAUGGGAGGCUGAAGGACUUAUCACUGAAAGAUCAAACAAUGCUAACCUUGCUGAGCUAAAGUAUUUGUUACGUUUGACUACUUUAGAGAUACAUAUCCGAGAUGCCUGCAUGCUGCCGAAAGAUCUACGGUUUGGAAAAUUAGAAAGAUACAACAUAUUGAUAGGAGACGUCUGGGACUGGUCUGAUAAGCAUGAAUGCUCAAGAACAUUAAAACUCAAGCUGAAGACAAGCUUUCAAUCAGAGGUUGGAAUUAAAAUGUUGUUGAAUAGAACAGAAUGUCUUUAUUUAGAUGAGUUAAAGGGUGUUAAGAGUGUUCUACAUGAAUUAGAUCGAGAAGGUUUUCAAAAACUAAAGCAUCUUCAUAUAGAAAAUAAUGAUGAGAUCAAAUAUAUCAUUAUUAGCUCUCCGGUGCAAAUCUCAACUAUUUCCUUUCCAGCCUUGGAGACAUUCCUUCUAAAAAAUAUGACUGGUUUGGAAGAUAUUUGUCAUGGCCAACUUCAUUCGACAUCCUUUCAUAACUUGAGAGUUGUAAAACUGGAAAAUUGUGAAAAACUGAAAUUUGUCUUCCCAUCAUCCGUAGCAAGGGGCCUUUCACAACUCCAAGAAUUGCAGAUAAGAGAAUGCAGCAACAUGGGUGCAAUAGUCAUGAAAGAAGGCGGCGGAAUAGAAGACACGGAUAUGAUAUUCUUUUUCCCUCAACUGCGUCGCUUGGCACUAGAGCAUCUUCCAAAGCUUACGAGCUUCAUAAGAACAAAAAAUUUAUUCGCAACUGAUGCUGGAGAAAUCGUUUCGGAGGGCACACUUGAUUUCGACAUGCCAAUUCUACACGAACAGAUUGUGUUCCCCAACUUGAAAUGGUUGGAACUAUCUUCAGUAGACUUGGAAGAGACACGGCACAACCAAUAUCGGGCGAGGGUGUCUUGUAGAUUAACAACCAUGGAAGCAAUGUCCAGGUUUCAGAAUUUGUUAAUCUUGGAGGUGCAGGGUUCUUGUAAUAUAACAUAUCUGCUGUCAUUCUCUACAGCUAGAUUAAUGAUGCAUCUCAAACAUCUUCACAUAUCGGAAUGUAAGGCUAUGGAAGAGGUAUUAGUCACAGAAGAAUUAGCAGCAGCAGGAGAAAUUACGAUGGAGGGGUUCCCUCGACUAGAAAGCCUGAGGCUAACAGAUCUUCCGAACCUCAAAAGAUUCUGCAUAGGAUGUAACAUCCAAUUUCCGUCCUUGGAGAUCCUGGUGAUAGACCAUUGCCCUAAAUUAGUGACAUUUAUAUUCAAUCCUGCUAGUUCAGGCGCAACAACCAUCCAGGAGAUCAUUCAAACAGAUGCAUUGGAGAAGCCUUUAACUGUUAUGCAACCUCUCUUCACUGUAGAGGUUGCAUUCCCUUGUUUGAAGAUAUUGGAAAUCAGUCGCAUGGAUUGCCUAAAACUCAUAUGGCAGAACCAAUUUGUGGAAAACUCCUUUUGCAAUCUACAAAGAAUAAAAGUUGAACUUUGUGAAAAUCUUGUGAGCAUCUUUCAAUAUGAUAUGUUGACAAGAUUCCAGAGUGUAGAGGUACUUUUUGUAGCUGGUUGCAAUUCACUACAUCAAGUAUUUGAAUUGCAAGAGCUUAAUGUUAAUGAAAAUCAAGCUGUAACAACCAUACAGCUGAAAGAAUUGUGGUUGGCUCAUCUUCCACAAAUGAAGCAUGUAUGGAGUAAAGACCCCAAAGCAGUUUUCAGCUUCAAAAAUCUAAAACGAAUACAGGCUGCUAGAUGUGAGAAUUUGAGAAGUUUCUUUCCAGCCUCUGUUGCUAGAAGUCUCAUGGAAUUGGAGUAUCUUGAGAUUAUGUAUAGUGGGGUGGAGGAAAUUGUUGAAGGUGAAGGGAGAGAAGAUGCAAUAGAAAGGUUUGCGUUCCCUCAAGUAACUUCCCUAACUCUUAAGUGGCUACCAAGACUCAAGUGGUUUUACCCAGGAGUGCAUACUUUAGAAUGCCCAAUGCUAAAAGAGAUGUGGGUGGAAGGAUGCCAGAAAGUUGACAUAUUUGCUAAUGGACUUCUGAGUUUUCAAGAAACGCUUCGAGGGAGCCGGCAUGAGAUCUCCACUCAACAACCCCUUUUCUUGCUUCAUGAGGUAGCAUUCCCAAGCUUGGAGAAAAUAGUAAUUUCACAUAUGGAUAACUUGAUAACCAUAUGGCAUGACCAAGUCGCAGCGGAUUCCUUUUGCAACUUUCAAAAUCUACGUCAAAUUAAUGCCGAGGGAUGUAAGAGCUUGAAAAGUUUCUUUCCAGCAAUCUCGGUGGCUACAAGUCUCACGCAAUUGGAGGAUCUUCGGAUAGUCAAUUGUGGGAUUGAGGAAAUUGUCCCAAGGGGAGGAAAAGAAGCAACACCAAGGUUUGUGUUCCCUAAACUAACAUCUCUGGAACUUGGGAUAUUGCCAAAACUCAAGUGGAUUUUCCCCGGGGCGCAUAAUUUAGAAUGGCCAGUGUUGAAAGAAUUGAAAGCGUGGGGAUGUAAACAAGUUAGCAUAUUUGCUUCUAAAUUCUCGAGAUUUCAAGAAACAAGUCAACAGUGUCUACUUGAGAGUUCCAUUCAACAUCCUCUUUUCUUGGUUGAAGAGGGUACAUUCCCGAAAUUGGAGGCUUUGAAAGUGAUCGUUCAUCACACCACUUGGUGUGACCAAUUUUUGGUAGAGUCCUUCUGCAAGUUAAAAGUUUUAGAGGUGCAAUGCAACCAUGAUACAUCGGUUCUUUCUGUGUCUAAUUUACUAAAAAGAUUACAGAAUUUGGAGAAACUUGUUGUGAGAUGUACUUCCUGGCAAGAAAUAAUCCCGUAUGAAGAUUUUAUUGGCCCAGAAAAGCAUGCUAGGAUAUUCCCACGACUAAAAGAACUUAGGGUGUCUAAAGCAUCAAUGCUGACACAUUUGUGGAAAGAAGAUGUCCAGGAAUAUCUAGCUUUUGAUAAAGUACUGGAAAUUCUAGCAGUUUCAGAAUGUCACAAAUUGAAAAGUUUAGUGCCAUCCUCGGCAUAUUUUCACAAUUUGACAGAUCUUGAGAUAUUGAGUUGUAAUGGAUUGAUCAAUUUAAUAACAUACACAACAGCCAAAAGCUUGGUGCAGCUCAAAAAAAUGAGUGUAAGUUCAUGCGAAGGAAUAACAGAAAUUGUGGCAAGGGGAGAUGAUCAAGCCAAAGUGGUGAUUACAUUCAGCAAAUUGACUUGCUUAAAGUUUGAUUGCUUACCAAACUUCACAAGCUUUUGCUCGGGAAGUUAUUCUAUCAUGUUACCAUAUUUGGAGGAAGUAAUUGUGGAAGAAUGCCCUGUGAUGAAAACUUUCUGUCACGGAGUCCUAAGCACUCCAAAGCUCAAAGGUGUACAAGCAAAAAGAGGAGAGGAAUCACAUACCCGUUGGAAGCUUGACCUGAAUACCACCAUACAUUCGCUUUGGGAAGACAAGCCAGUUUGAUAGCCAGCAUGCAGUCUAUCUGAAGAAAGAAAGGUUCGUCGAGCAUGAAUAUGACAUUUGGAGUUCUGGGUGAAAUUCUUUCGAAUGUGCAAACUUUGUAUCAAUUUAUUUUGUAAUAUUCUCUUGUGCAAUUAUUUUGCCUCUGUUUCGAAGAUGAACAUAUAUAUAUAUAUAUAUAUAUAUAUAUAUAUAUAUAUCUCAAACUGGAGGUAACCAGGCUUUGUAUUUCAUUAGAAUGAAAGUUUUUCAUAUACUUGGGAAGUUCAACUAUUGCUAAUUUGGUUACAUGACCACC